AUGUCCCCCAUCGCGAUCCCCAACCACGCGACCUCUUCCCCUAUUCAAGGUGCCUCGGAUGGUCUCCCCCCUGUCCACCCUACUGCUGCCAGGUCGUUGCCUGGCGGGCUGAUCAGGGUCCAGGAUGAACAGAGUACCAAGUACGAUGACGUUCAGGGCGAGAUCAGGAGUGUUUACACCGACCGUGGAUGCGAUGUCAAGAAAUCGCUCGACGGAAGGCUCGUCGUCGAGAAGACCGAGCAAAAGUACGAGUUCAAGACUGAUACCAAGGUCGGCAAGGUCGGUCUGAUGUUGGUCGGUAUCGGUGGUAACAACGGUACGACCGUCGCCGCUACCAUCCUCGCCAACAAGCACAACAUCUCCUGGUCCACCAAGCUCGGCCCCAUCCAGCCCAACUACAUCGGAUCCCUCGUCCGGGCCUCCACGGUCAGGAUCGGUGCCGAUGCCGAGACCGGCAAGGACGUCAACGUUCCCAUCUACGACAUGCUCCCUAUGGUCCACCCCAACGACCUCUGUCUGGGUGGAUGGGACAUCUCCGGUAUGCCCAUGGACCAGGCUAUGGCCCGUGCUCAGGUGCUCGACUAUGACCUCCAACGCCAAGUCGCUCCCUUGAUGAAAGAGAUGGGCGCUCCCCUCCCCUCGAUCUAUUACCCAGACUUUAUCGCUGCCAACCAGGAAGACCGAGCGGACAACGUCAUCCCUGGGGAGAACAAGUGGGAACACGUCCAGAGGAUCAGGAAGGACAUUGCCAAUUUCAAGAGGAGCAACGGGUUGGACAAGGUCGUCGUCCUCUGGACGGCCAACACCGAGAGGUAUUCCGAGUUGAUCGACGGGGUCAACGAUACCGCAGACAACCUCUUGAACGCCGUUCAAAACUCGCACGAAGAGGUCUCGCCUUCGACCGUCUUUGCGAUCGCCGCCAUUCUCGAUGGACACCCUUACAUUAACGGAUCGCCCUCGAACACUUUUGUUCCGGGUUGCAUCGAGUUGGCUGAGCGUCAUCAGAGUUUCAUCGCCGGUGAUGACUUCAAGUCUGGCCAGACCAAGUUCAAGUCGGUCGUCACCGAGUUCCUCGUUAACGCCGGUAUCAAGCCCCUCUCGAUCGCCUCGUACAACCAUCUCGGUAACAACGACGGCAAGAACUUGUCCUCCCAACGGCAGUUCCGAUCGAAGGAGAUCUCCAAGUCUUCAGUCGUCGACGACAUGGUCGCUGCCAACAACUUGUUGUACGCGCCGGCCAAGAAGGGCGAGAAGAAGGGUGAACACCCGGAUCACUUGGUCGUCAUCAAGUACGCGCCUGCUGUCGGGGACGACAAGAGGGCUUUGGACGAGUAUUACUCGGAGUUGUUGAUGGGUGGAAGGAACACUUUGUCGGUGUUCAACAUUUGCGAGGACUCGCUCUUGGCCACGCCCUUGAUUCUCGACUUGACCAUCCUCGCCGAGCUGAUGACGCGUAUCACCUACCGUCCCCUUCAAGCCGAGUCAACGAGCGUCAAGGACGUCCCCUCGGAAAAGGAAGUCCCCUUCCAACCCCUCUACCCCGUCCUCUCGUUGCUCUCGUACAUGCUCAAGGCCCCGCUCGUCAAGCCCGGUGACGACGUCGUCAACUCGCUCAACAGGCAGAGGCAGGGACUCGAGGCCUUCAUGAAGGCUUGUCUCGGUCUCGAGAUGGGCGGCGGGGAUCUCUUGUUGAAGACGAGGACUUGGUGA